ACAUCCUCCAGGUGGUUUUUCGGGAAGAUCCCUCGAGCCAAAGCAGAAGAGAUGCUGAACAAACAGAGGCACGACGGGGCCUUCCUCAUCAGAGAGAGCGAGAGCGCACCGGGAGACUUUUCUCUCUCUGUGAAGUUUGGAAACGACGUCCAGCACUUCAAGGUCCUCCGUGACGGAGCGGGGAAGUACUUCCUGUGGGUGGUGAAGUUUAACUCUCUCAACGAGCUGGUGGAUUAUCAUCGCUCCACCUCGGUCUCUCGCAACCAACAAAUCUUCCUGCGAGACAUCGAGCAGGCUCCCCAGCACCCCACGUACGUGCAGGCUCUCUUUGACUUCGACCCUCAGGAGGAAGGAGAGCUGGGCUUCAGACGCGGAGACUUCAUCCAGGUGCUCGACAACUCAGACCCCAACUGGUGGAAGGGGGGCUGCCACGGCCAGACGGGCAUGUUCCCCCGCAACUACGUCACGCCCGUCAACAGGAACAUGUAGAACAGUCAGACCAUGUCAACAACAACAACAACAACAACAGCAUCAUUUUGAUCUCAUCCCAUCAAACCCCCCUCCUCCUCCUGAGGAGACAACAUGGAGGAUGGAUCGGAGGGGAAACGUCCUCUGUCCUUAACUUCUUAACAUUCUGCCUUUUGUCUUUUGUGUUCCUCUUCUUUGCCGCAUGUUGUUUUUAAUCACCCCUUAAAGGAAAAAAGCUUAAAAAUGUAAAAAAUAAAUAAAAUAAAGAAAUGGUUUUAAAAAAAAAUGUACAAAGAAGAGUGCAAUCGACAGUGGGCGAACGGGUUGAUCGUUGGCACGUGAGCAUUGUACAUCGGCCUCUCGGCUGUAUAAAUAAAUCAACUAUAGAGAGAAUCCAUUUUUUAAGAAUAUAUAUUAUAUAUUUGUAUGUGUUUGUCUGUUUUACCUCUCAUCACAAAUUGUAUUUUUUUCCAUUUUUGUAAAUUAUGUUCCGUCUGGAAACGCCCUGCAGCUCGAGGGGAGCGCUGAAUCGUCUUUUUUGUUUUUCUGAAUAUGUCUGGGGGCUCUCGGAUAGAAACAGCAUGAUGUGUAAAAGGGGUCGUCAAUUCCAUUUUGAAUGAACUUGUCUAUAAUGCAUACCGGAGGAGAGACUGUCCGACCAGCAGAGGAGCCAUGAGUGCUGCGAAGAAGAAGAAGAGCUGUCGUAUUAUACAAAGUGUAAAAAAAAUCCAUUUCAGAAGUAUUUAUUGCAGCCAUUUUGAUUUCCGGGGGUCAUUGAAUGUAGCUCCGCAGACACGAGGGCAGCGGUCGGAGAACUGAACCAAACAUCAUGCAAGGGAUUCAAAAUAAAGAAAGAGUUUUCACUCUAAUGACAUGCAUGCGUCUCCUUGUUAUACCUGCACGUAGCAAAGAGGCGGAGCUCCUUCGGAUAAUCACCAAUCAGACAGGAAACUGAGAGAUUGUCUUUGAUGCUAAGAGUUGAGGAAUCAGCUUCUUGUGUUGUUUUGUCUCGCACUUUGUUGAUUUCUGGUCCAGUGUGUGUGUGUGUGUGUGUACCGUGUUUUCUCUCUGGAUAGUGCCUUUCUCUCUGGUGUCUCAGUGUCUCCGACCUGCUACUUUGAGCCCCCCCCCCCCCCCCCAGAUAAACAGUGUAUAUAUUAAAUCAACAUUCACCCCUCCCACACACACCUUCUCCAUCAGCCCGCCUCCUCCACCUCUACCCCCACCAACAUGGAACUCUUCUUAUUUAAGUGUCUCUCGCCUCGUCUUACCUAAUGAACCUGUUUUUUUGUUUUUUGGCUCUUUUUUUUAUUUUGCAUUUGUUUUUUUGUUUUUUCAAUUAAUAAAAUGCAAUUAUUAAAAAAUGA